UAUAUAUAUAUAUAUAUAUAUAUAUACACACUCUCACGCAGUCAUAUAUGUACAUACAUCGCGUGCAUCGGUGCAUGCGCGACUGUGAUAUGCAGAUCCGGUUCGUCUCCAGCUGAAAACAAAUAAUAACCUCAUCCGCGAGUGCUGAGUUAAUCUGCAUACGCGUGUGUUUGUGUGUGUGUCAACAACAAGAGAACACUUGUAAUACACAUAUCAUCAACGAAAAGAAGCUCCGGAGAAAGUCGCGCAAGAGUGUAAGAGCUCUUUCUCUCUCGCACUUAAGAGCGCGUCAGUCGCUCGGCGCGCGGGACUGCUGCACCGUCUCAUAGAGCAGCUCCUCUCCACGUACGUAUAGAGCUCCUGGGGCCGCUGCGAGACAUGCGAAGAUGGCGUCAUCCCAGGAUGCUUGGUAUCUGUCGCUGCUCGGCUUGGCCGAGAACUUUCGAACCUCCAACCCUCCCAGCAUCAAGUCCUGCAUCCAGUGUCUCCAGGCGGUAUUCAAUUUCAAGCCACCGCCGAGAGUCGAGGCCAGGACACAUCUGCAGCUCGGCAACAUACUGCUCACCCACACGAAGAACAUAGAUCUCGCCCGGACGCAUCUCGAGCGAGCGUGGCAGCUGAGCCAGACCAUCAACCAGUUCGACGAUGUCAAGUUCGAAGCUGCUAGCAUACUGGCCGAGCUGUACGAGCAACAGCAGCAGUCCAGUCUUAGUCAGAGCAUACUGCGCAAGGCCAUUGAGCUGUCGCAGCACAAUGUUUACUGGCACUGUAGACUCAUAUUCCAGCUGGCUCAAAUUCACGCGUCUGAGAAAGACUUGAACGCAGCUGGAGGUUUGCUGGCUGUUGGUGCUGACUAUUCCCAGAUAAGCAAUGCCAACUACACAAAGGUCCUGUUUCUUCUCAGUCGGUGUAUGCUAUUGCUGAUAGACAAGAAGUUUGCAGAGGCUGCUCCAUUGCUCUUUUCCACUGGACAGCAGGUAGAGAACUGGCAAGGUAAUCCACAUCAGAAGGAAUACCUGAAGGUGUACUUUCUGGUACUGCAAGUUUGUCACAACGUGAUGUCUGGACAGAGUGUGAAACCGUGUUUGAAGCAAUUGCAACAAAGUAUACAGACAAUCAUGGCUCCUGCAUGGCCUUCUGAUGAGAUUGUCACUGGCCCUCACAUAGGUGACAUGUUCAUCUGGAUGCCAAAGGAGCACUUGUUUGUUCUUGUUUACUUGGUCACGGUGAUGCAUUCCAUGCAGUCUGGUUACAUGGACAAAGCUCAAAAGUACACUGACAAAGCUCUGGCUCAAAUAGAAAAUUUAAAACUUGUUGAAAACAAACCUAUUCUUUCGGUUUUUCAACUCAUGCUGUUGGAGCACAUAGUGAUGUGUCGACUAGUUAUGGGUAACAAAAGUGCAGCCCUUUCUGAAAUUUCUCAAGCUUGUCAGUUGUGCAGGCAACAGCCUAAAUUGCUGCAAAGUCACAGAGCACAGUUGCAUGUAUUGCUUGGUCUGUACGCCAUGUCUAUGAAUUGUAUGCAAGAAGCAGAAGCUCAACUCUUAUCAGCGUUAAACAAAUCGCAAGAAAACGAAUUGGUGACGUUUGCAAAUCUGAAUUUGGCGAUAGUCUAUCUGAGGACAAGGCGAGACAACCAUUUAGGGCCAUUGUUAGAAAGGAUAAAGCCAGAAACUUUGCCGUCUCUUUCGCAUUCUUUAAGAGCGGCGGCUUACUAUGUACAGGGUCUACAAGCAUUUUUCGGAGCUCGAUAUAACGAAGCCAAGAGGCACCUUCGAGAAACGCUGAAAAUGGCAAAUGCGGAAGAUUUGAACCGAUUAACGUCGUGUAGUCUUGUACUUCUUGGUCAUAUAUUCCUAUCGUUAGGAAACAAUAAAGAGUCCAUGAAUAUGGUGACACCUGCUAUGCAAUUAGCUUCAAAAAUACCCGAUGUUCAUGUGCAGUUGUGGGCAACAGCAAUUUUAAAAGAUCUAAACAGAAUAUGCAAUGAUCGUGUUCGAGAAAACGAAGCAUAUCAGAUGCAUUGUACAUUUUCUCAAACCCUUCUAAAGGAUCACUUCCAAAGUACACAAAUGAGCGAACAUUCUCUAAUUCAAUGGACUGAAGGCCCGAUUCCCAUGCUACCAAAUAAUUCGCCUGCUUCUACAUCGCAGGCAAUCCUAUAGGGUACAGAUACAGAUUUACUCUUCUACAAAUUUAGCUGAGGAUAUUAUGCGUCAAAAUUUUAUUUAUAGAAAACCAACGAAAAAUUACCUUGAGCCAUCUAUUAGAUCAAUGUGUACAGAUUUUGGUGUAUAGUAUCCUUAAGUUUACUUAAUUUCUCAUUAUAUUAGAAAUUAUCACGGUGUAUUAAGUAGAACAAGAUACUAGAGGAAACUUGAAACUUUUUCGUCAUUUCUUUCUAGUACAAAAAGCGAAUCAAAUUUUAAAAUAUUUCUUCGAAGCGCCUAAAUGCAUAAAUAUAUGUUAAAAGAACUAGAUAUAUAUUAUUUUGUUGGAUGACUAUCACUCAUGUUGUAUUUAUGUUUAAAACAUUAAUCGAUUUUUGGCGGCAAAAAUGUAUAAGCUCGUCGAAAAUCGAAUAAUUUAUUAAACAGCAUAUAUAAAUAUAUAUAAAUAAUGAAAAGUAGAAAGAAUUUUUGCAUAAUACAUUCAGUUUGUUUGUGCUUUUAUGAAACAAGAAACAAAAUUUAUUUACUUAUAAUGUAUUUUGCAACUGAGUGGUAAUACAAUUUUUUUUACAACAUGAAACAGCAUUGGGCUUAGAAAAAACAUGAGAAAUAUUAUGGUAGAAUUUUUUAGAAGUGAAUAUAAUUUUUCAAAGCCAAAUCGAUGACAGGAAGAGGUUUUCGUAAGCCUGAAUUUAUUAUGCAAUAUUCGUCUUAGAUAGGGUAGACAUAAUCAUUUAAUUUGUGUAGAAGAUUUCCUUCUGCAUUAUUUAUUAUGCCAGUCACCAUCUUUCGGUCUCGUGGAUUAUUUGUAAUACUGAUUAUUAUAUUAUGGGUACCAAAUGAAUGAUACGAAUUUGUAAAAAUCGGCCAAUCGUAUUGUAGAAUCAGUUGUGCACUACUACUAUAGAUUUUUAAAUUUGAGGACAGCAACAUUGUAAAUAUUGAAGUAUACAAAAAGUUGAUAGAUUUGUUAACUACUAUUGUAUGUAUUUCUCAUGUUGCACAUUUUAAAAUUAAAAUGCCCAAAAGGACGAAGUCUGAAUAUCUUUUAAAAGCUCAGAACUGAUGCAUUACUGUAAAUAAUAAUAAUAAUAAUAAUAAUAAUAAUACCAAUAAUGGCAACAAUAUUAUGCAGCAAAUUUAGUUAAUGUCCUAUUGAUUUUCCUUAUUGAUCUAGGACCAAGAAGUUAAAAGUGAUUUGAAUAAAAUAUAUGAUUAUUUAGAAAAUACAAUAAUGAAACUGUAAGUUUCAAAACAGUAGAAAUUAAUAAAAUAAAAAAAUAGGUCUGUAUGAUUGUAUCUAGAUAUCAAGGUUCUAGAAUCAAAAUAUUACUAGAAACUUGCACUCCAAGACGUACGUACAAAUUUAAAUUGAUAAGCCAGGUAAAUGAAAAGUAAUAUAAGAGUGACAAAUUUUAAGAAAAGUAUGUUUGUUUAAUCUUGUACAAAAAUCGUUUUGUAUAUCACCAUUGUAUACAAAGAAAAGCCGAGUGUUUAAAUAUAAUAGAUUUAAGUAAUUUUUGUAUAAGCGUGUGGCUAGUUGUGUAGAUGUACAUACAUGCAUUCAAUAUAAAUAUGAUAGUAAUUUCUUUUUGUAAAUUCUGCUUAAUAUACCUAUAUACAUACAAACAUGCAUGAGCUUUGUAGCAAAUAAUACUAAAGGAAUAUCACCGUCAUCAUCUCUAGACCAUUAUUAUGAUUAUAUAUUCUUUUUAAUAAACGGAUUUGUUAAUAAUUUUUCAGUA